AUGGAAUCACUUGACUCAAAGCAGUUUGAUAAAUAAAACUUAUUUUAAAGGUUUUUCAGAAAAAAAUUAACUCUUUAACUUUCUCUAAGAGCCCUUGAAAUAUUUGAGUGCUAAUUAGGUACUUCUUAAAAAGAAAUGAUUUUACAUCAGUAAAAAAAAUCAAACAGAACACCAGGUGUACCUCAGAUUAAACCAAAUUUAAUUCUAAAUUUUAGAUUACUAAAACAUUUAGAUGUCCAAUUUGAGCCCUGCUUGUAAGCAAUAAAUACCAAACAAUUACAUUAGUCAAGAGAUCAAGGUAAAAUUAAAUAAAAUCUUAACAAACAUAAGCUCUUGAUGAUCUCAUCCGAUUAGAAAUUAUUAGGACUUGUGGGAUUAAUUGUGCUGCAAAAUUUAUAACAUGUUAGAAAUUUCGGUGUCUUUUCAGAAUUAAUAAGAUCUUCACAAUCCUGCUUAGUACCUAUCAGAUUUAAAUUUUUAGAAUAUCCCUUGAUCUAGUUAACUAGAAAUUCAUUCAAAAAAAGGUCAUAAAUUAAUCAUAAUUAGAAGAGAAAGAUUUAGAGAGAGGCCCUAAUAGAUAUGUAUUAUGAGGUAUUAAAUUUAUUUAAUAUAUAUAACUACGCAUUCAGCAAGAUUAUAGCGAAGUAAAAUCUAGGUGAGCUUUUCAAUAGGAUGUAUAAGCAAUCAGUCUAAUACAUUUUUAUGCCAUAAAAACUUCAAAGACUGGCAAGAAUGUUUACACCAACACUUUCUCCUUGCGACCUGUACUAAGAGUACGCAUUUGUGAAUCUAAUUGCAGAAUUCGGGAUAUAAUCACAAGCAUGGAUGUUAGCCAGAGUCAUUGAACGAGAAUAGUUGGAAGCAGCAACAAUGUUUCAACUUCAGAAAAAUCAAGCUAUAUUAUUUCUGAAAUAUGCAGUGAACCCAUAAGUCAGUGAUGAAUAAAAAGGGGCUUAGUAUGAGUCCUUCAAGUGA